AAAUGUCUUUGUCGGAUCAAUUAAAGAGUUUGCAAAUUCCUGGACAGGCUGCUAUCCAACAAAAUUUAUCUAUAAAGCAUUCUAUUUUGUUUGAUGCUCAAACAUCUGCCACACUUGAUAAUGAUACUAUCUUAGAAAUUGGAAUUACUGGAUUCACUAAUCUUUGUUCUAUUGAUUUUGUUUUUAAGCAGUUUGAAGAUCUGUUUACUAGAAGUGCUCUAAAAAUACAGCGCAAUAUGGAAAAUAAAGAUUUUAAUCGUAGAUUGAGUAAAAAACUGUCAAUGUUUUUGAUGUUUUUGUCACCUUAUGUUCUUUUAAAACCUGCUCACCGUGUUCUUGAAUGGCUCGUUAGAAGAUUUCAAAUUCAUAUUCAUGAGAAAAAUGCAUUAAUUGGCUGCUUAUUACCUUACCAUGAAACACAGUUCUUUGGCAGAGUUGUUCAAUUGUUUGGCGAGCUUGAAAAUGAUCAGUUGUGGUUUUUUUUACAACCAUUUAAGCAGUCUGGGACUGGUUUUAGUACUAAUACUCUUGUUCAGCAUUGCAUAAAAAAUGAAGGCAUGCUUCGGUUUGUCCAUGAUAUGACGAUGCAAUCAGCUGAACUUUUGAAAUACAGCCCAAAGUCUGGUUUUCGAAUUAUAUUUUCAUUUCAUGCUCGGCUUUUUAUUUCUGUUAUAGAUUCCAAAUCAGCAAUUAAAAACAAAUUUUUAUCAUUCAUUUUAACAAUAGUUACUUCUAGUUUAAAGGUGCAUCAUAAAGAUCUUGUAUGCUCUCUUUACAUGAUUGUUGGCUUGAUAAGUUCAAAAGUAAAUUUGGCUAGAGAUGUCACAAAAUCUUUGCUUCAAGCUAUUUUUCAGUCGCUGGAAACUGAAUGGUAUGAGGAAGGUUUAUUAUGUGUACUUUCUGUUGUUGUACAUCAAAAGCUAGAAAAGAUAAGUUCCAGGAUCACAAAGCUUUUUGUCAACCUUGAUUUAACAAAAUUGAUGCAGGUUUUAAAUUAUUUGAAUAAAGAGCAUGACAUUGAGGUACUCAUUAAUCUACUAGUUUCUUGCAUUUGUAAAUCAUGCUUUUCAAGUAACGGUGAUGAAGAAAGAUUUAUCAAAGCAUUGCAUUUAAUGAUUGAUAAUGAGAUACUUAUUGAAAAACAUGUUAAAAUUGUUGCAAGAAAGUUUAUUUCUGCAUUAUUGCUGUCAGAAGAUCAAGUCAAGGACUUUCAAAAAACAGAAAGUUUGCUGAGAAUAUUUGCUAAAAGAUUUAGUGCUGUAUUUGAUGAGACUAUUGCAUUAUUCUUUAAAGAAUCAAGUGGGAAUCAAAAGUCUAUUGAUAUCUUAAAACAGUUAUCGAUAAUAUGUCUUUCUUCCAGUCAUCGUAAAGUUGCUCAGGGUGCAGAGUUACCAAUUAUCUUGGGUCUCAACCAUCCAGAACCAAAUAUAAGAAUAGAUGCAGUGCAUCACUUAUUAAAAGGUUUUGAAUCUAUAGACUAUGAUGAUAAUGAAAUGGAGUUCAUGAAAGAUGCUAUAUUAGCUCGUCUAAAAGAUGAUUCUAUAGACGUAGUCAACUCUGUAUUAAAUUAUUCUAAGUCUUUAUCAAAAAUACUGUCUGCAAAAGAUUUACAAGAGUUAUCUAUAUCUCUCAUGAGCAAAACAGGUUCUUAUUUCGAGGAGGAAAUUAUUAUUUAUACAUUAGAAGCCUUAGAUGGAAAUUUAAGUGAAUCAAAGUUCGUUUACACUUUCCUACUUCAUAUAUUUGAUAUGCUAGUUGAAAUAAAAAGUACAAAAAUUUUAGAUUAUUUUAAAACUAUGAAUAUUAAUUUAGGACAUCCUAUUUUAAUAGGAAUUCAAAAAGCUUUAGCAAGUAUUGAUCUGAAAAAACCUAAUAAAAAAAUAAGUGUUUUAGCUUACCACAGUCUUCUUUCGAAUGUUGCUCAAGAAAUUUCAAAGGACCCAAGUGGAUUGAAUGUUAUUUUAAAUUUUUGGGAAUUCUGCAAAGAAUUACCUUCUGAUCAUCAUCUUCAGUUAGUAGUCAUUUUGCUGUUUAAUGAAGUUGUUUUGAUAAAGUCGCCAUUUUUAGAAGGAUUUGUGAAUGAAGUGAUUCAGAUGAACUUUAAGAACUUUUUUCAGAUGGGCUUAAGUGAAGAGUUACUUUAUUCAAUGGAAGGUUUUAAAAAUACUGAAAAAGAAAAGAACUAUUUAUAUAAGUCAUUUUAUGCUCAUUUGAAACAGAAUGAAUUUGAAAAUGAUUCAGUUUUACUGGCAUUCCUAGUUUUUUUUAAAAAUCUGACCACAGUCACCCCAAAAGGCCACAAUACAGAAGUACUUUUUAAUAUUCUUGCAACACAGUCAGGAAAUAAAAGAGCUUCUUUAAAGAAAUUUUUUCAAAUGCUUCUAAGUCAUUUUCUUAAGGAAAAAUUUAACACAAAAAAUGACCUGCUGUCAUUUUUGUGCAGUGUUAGUUUAAAUGCGAUGAAAGAUAAUAUCCAGGAAGAAAAACUCAAGUCUGCAAUUUGUGCUCUUCAAAUUCUCAACGUUAUUCUAACAAAAAAAGAUUAUGAAUUGGUUGAAAAAAAUAAUAUUGCACAAGUUAGUCAUGCUCUGUUCUUAUGUAAACACCAGAAAAUUCGAGAAACUGUUUUGCAGUUAAACAAAGUAUUGUAUGAAAUAUUUAAGCAAGAAAAAAAAAAUCCUUGGAACAGUAUUUUCUUAAAAGUAAUUGAGUCAGAAAAAGAAGUUUUUAUGGAUUCUCUCUACAUUAAAAGGAUUUAUCAAACAUUAUUCAACUCUAAAAAAGUUGACGAUUUUGCCAGUUUAAUUAAAAGGUCUUCUAGCAAAUCAACUAUAAACUUUAUAACAAAGAAACUUAUAAAUUAUCCUGUAAUUUUACAGUUAAAUAUUCUAAAAGUUUUGGAAAGUGUUAAUCCUGAGGAUUGCAUUGACGACUAUGUUGAUGUUCUUACAAUCAUAUUUCAGUCUGAGAAGCUCACUGACUGUCAAGCAGAGAUUGUAAAAAUAAUUUUGAAUAAUGUUAAACCUAAACUGAUCAAUGAAAAAAAAAGCAUUUUUGAUUGUUUUUGCAAAUGUUUGAGUUCAAGUAAUGAAGUACUGCAAGAUAUGGCUUGUGGAAUGUUAAGUGAGACAUUUUACAGUGAACUCAGUCCAGAAAAUCGUCGGUUACUACUUAAUGAGCUUCUCAGAAUAACUCUUUCUACUUCAAGUGUUACCACAGCAACAAAAAUGCGAAUUGUUCUAAAGUCUAUCAAUAUUAUUGCAACUGAUAUAAAUGAACUAUUGGAGAAAAUUUAUCAUGAUUUGGAAAAAAUGCAAAAUAUGACAGAAGAGUCAACUGAUGCAUUAACAAAAUCUUGGUUUUGGAGACAACUUGUUGAAUUAUUGGAAUCAAUCUCAUGUAAAAAUAAAAUUGACCAACCUGAAGUUUUAAUCACACCAUUAUUUAAUAUUUUUAACAAGUGCUUGGUCAUUAAGAAUGCAUCUGUAGAGUAUGUGAAACAGCUUCUUCUUACUAUAUUUACAUACAUUCUCAAUCAAGGUGUUCUAAACAUAUCCCCAGAUCUAUUCAAAAUCGAUCUUGUUAUACAAUGCUUACAAGAAAGUAAAGAUUUUCAAACAACUCGUCACUGUUUAGUAUUACUUGGAAAAUCUGCACAGCAUUAUCCUUCGCAAGUCCUUCAUAAUAUAAUGCAUAUAUUUACAUUUAUGGGAGGUACAAUGCUGAAAAUAGACAAUCAACAGACAUUUAGAUUAAUAGAAAAUACAAUUGAUGCCAUUGUACCUAUGCUAGUUCAGAAAUCUCCAGAAGUAACUGAGUCAAGAAAACGUCCUUCUCCUACAAAUAUUGAUGUAAUUAUAUUGUUUAUUUUGGAAACAUUUAUUGAUUCUGCACCUCAUUGUCCUGAACAUCGUAGACAGCAUAUCUUAUCGCACCUAAUUAAAGUUUUAAAUGAGGACCGCACACUCCAUACAGCUAUGGUUUUGUUAAUCAAAAAAACAAUUCAAAUUGCUCAAGAAGUUGUUGUAGAUGACAAUUUCAAGGAAAUACAACCAGCUUCAAUCACUCUAGAUUUCUGCAAAGACUUUUUUAUGGGUUAUCCAUCUGAUGUCCAACUUCAUUCUCUAUGUCAAAUUAUUGCUUAUUUAAAAGAACCAAAUGAGGAACAAGUUAAAAAGUCAAAAGAUGGAAACAAGCAAGUAAAAAUUCUUACAUAUGCAGUGAUAAAGUUUGUUACUGAAGUACUGGCAAGUGCAACUAUGCAAGAGUUAUAUGUGGUUGAAGAAAGUAAAUAUACACCAUUAGUUAUCAAACUACUUGAAGAACUUCUUUCAUAUGUUGAAACUCUUAGUAUAAAAAAUUUUGAAAAUCAGAAAGACAAAAAAUAUAUCAACAAUCUUACCCAAAAAGUCUAUGAUGCAGUUGGUCUGUUAAACAAAAUAUUACCUUUUGAUUCCUUUGUUGCGGUUGUAUCAGGUUUAAUAAACAAAGAGAGUUUAUUGAUUCGUAAGAAGUCACUGGAGAUGCUAUGUACCAAACUUUCAGAACUUGAGACAGUUCCUAAAAAUCAGGAGAAACCUCUUUUGAAUCUUUACUCAUCUAUUGUUGUAUUGGUUCAACAUAAUUCUGAUAAUAGUCCUACUAACAAGCAGCUUAUGUUGUAUGCAAUGAAACUUCUAGCUGCACAUUUGUGUCAAAAAGACAAAGAAAUAUUUUUAAAAUCAGUUCCCAUUGUUGCCCAAGUAUACUGUCUCAAAGAAACGAACAACUUAGUUGCUGUAAAUGCAAUACUUUGUGUUGCCGAGCUUUCUUCUCAUCUUAAAGCAGCUAUGUUACCAUACUUGCCAAUAUUCUUCAAACCCAUUCUUGAAAAAAUUAAAAAAGAAGGAGAUUACCAGAACAGCGACUUAACAUUAAUUGGUUGUACAACUGCAAUUCAAAAGAUUAUUGCCUCCAUGCCAGAAUUUAUGAGUCCAUUUGUACCAAAGAUACUUGAAACUAUUUCUAUCAGUGGAUAUCUAGCUGAAAAACUUUCUUGUAAUCAGCUUAUGGAAAAAGUAAACAAUUUAAAAGAAAAUUGUGGUCAUCUGAUUCCCCCUCGUGUCUUGUAUCCUGCUGUAGAAACAUGGUUUCAUGAGAACUUAGUUUCAAACAAGUAUCUUGUUUCGAGCAUUAUUGAUGUGCUGAAGCAUAGUUUUGCUGUUAUUUCUAAAGCUGAUGCAAACACAAAUUUUCAAGGAACUAUUUUAAAGAUCUUGAAAAUGCUGUUUGAUGUUCAUUCUUUUGAAACUGAUGAUAUUGAAAUUAUUAUUGAAAAAAAGUCUAUUGCAGCUUAUUGUGAAUUGGUUCUAAAGUUGUCCGAAAAUACUUUGAGACCUAUGUACCUUGAGAUCUAUAAUUGGUCGUGUGAAGAGGAAAGAAGACUAUGCACCUUUUUUCAUCUCAAUGUUGAGCUGUCUAAAACACUUAAAAGUUUGUUUCUUAUUUUCUUUGGACAUACAUAUAACAAAUGCACAGAAUUACUUGUUACUCUAAAUUCAAAAAAUAUAGCAAAUACUUCAGAUUUAAAAAAGAAAAAUGAUUUAAUAGAAGCUGUUCUUGAUGUUUUAUCAAAUGUAUUUAAGUACGACAAUCAGGGAUUUGUCAACAAAGAAAGGUUUGAAUCUAUCAUGCAACCGCUUGUUGAUCAGUUAGAUAAUUCAUUGUUUUUGGAUGAAGCGUUUACUUUAUUUGCUGAAAAACAUCUUCUCCCUUGUAUAGUAAACUUUACCUGUGCUGUUAAUGACAGUUCUUUAUGGAAACCACUAAAUCAUCAAAUUUUGCUAAAAACAAAAAGUUCUCAAGCAAAUGUUCGUCUGGCAGCACUUCAAAUAAUCGAGAACAUCUACAAUAGGAUAGGGGAGAGUUACAUGAUCCUUGUUCCAGAAACUAUACCAUUUUUGGCUGAAGUUCUUGAAGAUGAUUCUUUCGAAGUUGAGGCGCAAUGUAAGAAAGUCAUUAAACAAAUCGAACUUAUCACUGGAGAAUCUCUCCAAAAAUAUUUCUAAAUUAUAAUAGUAAAUACAAUUUUAGAAACAGA